AUGGAAGGAGACAUAGGCCUACCAUCGAAAGACAUCACCUCUUCCUGGGCCAGACUGCAUGCUGCCACAAGACGCUUGCGCAAAAACAUCGACAUCUCGUGGCACUACACGGGCACUUCGUUCGUCCUGACCACUGGUGGAAACAUCAUCCCACGUCACGCCUGUACCAAAGUUCUAACGGCCAUGGUGAAAUCUGCCACCCUCCACCAGCUGCUACAGAAGCCGGAUCAGGGUAAGUCAUUCCAUCUCAUUGCAGGUCACCCCACCAGCAACCACUUCCUUAGAGACGGGCUGUACACUUCAUUUGCGGACUGGCGAUUUGUACAUCGAGCCCGUCUCAGUGUGGUCCCGCUCAACGGCCUACGACGCUUUGGCAACAUGUCAAAGAAAUGUCGCCAGUGCAGCCACUCCAAUGAGACACUUGCGCACGUCCUAAAUCACUGUGGCCCCAACCUACGACUAGCCACACAACUCCACAACUCUGUCCUCAACCGCUUAUUCCACGCCAUCAACAACCAGGACUUAAAAAUCUUCUGUAACCAGAAGAUCCCAGGGUUCGACGACCGCUGCCGUCCCGACCUAGUCACCAUCUGCGAGAGGACCAAGACUGCAACAAUCAUUGAUGCGGCCGUCCCCUUUGAAAACAGACAGAACGCGUUCAACGCAGCCAGGGACAUGAAAAUAAGCAAGUACUUCGCCCUCACUCAACAUUUACGUCAACAGGGCUACGAUACCUAUUGCGACGCUUUCAUCGUGGGCUCCCUUGGUGGAUUCGACCCGGCCAACAUCUCUGUCAUUCAGCGUCUCGGCAUAAGCCGUAAGUACGCCAAAAUGAUGACCAAACUAAUGGUCAGUGACUGCAUAAGGUGGAGUCGCGGAAUAUACUGUAACCACCUAAGAUAUAGCCGUCGCAACCACUAA